AUGAUUGUGCUGAAUAAGCAACAUCUGGAGCACGCUCGGUGUGUCCCUUUAAGUACUAGGAGGCUGAGAAGCAGUACUGGAAAGGGUUUAGCAACCUCCUCUGAAAAAGCUGUAUUUGGGCCUAGGAAACAGUGGAGCAAGGUCACUGUACCCUCUGAAAGUAAGAAGAAGAUUGUGAAGAGAAAAACUAUCUCUUCUAGUGAUUCUGAUUAUGAGGAAGAUCAAGAUGCUGGAGCAUCUCCUGCAGCAUCUCCUGCAGCAUCUCCUCAGAAGUCUGCCAAGAGAAAAAGAAUGGCUCCUAAUGUCCCAUCUGUACCAAUUGAUAAUGUCUCCUUUCAUUGUGUUGAGUAUGUUGACAGGUGGAAAUUUGUGGUGAAAAGAAGAAUAGCCAUUGAAAGAAACCUUAAUGAAGACUUCUUGAAAUGUCAAGACAUUGUAAAUCUUAUAGAGGAGGCAGGGCUGAUUAAAACUGUGUCUGAACUGGGAAAAUGCUAUGAAAAACUGACAAGAGAAUUCUUGGUGAACAUCCCAUCUGACUGUGAUGAUCCUUUGAGCCCUGAAUACUUAAAGGUGUAUGUAAGAGGAAAAUGUGUUGAUUUCUCGCCAGCCAUCAUCAAUGAAUAUCUGGGAAGAAGUGAUGAUCCUGCACCUGAGCUGGAGAUUUCUAUGAAUGAAGUUUGUAAGACUAUAACUGGUGACAAGGUAAGAGUGUGGCCAAGAGCUGGCAAACUGUCUGCUGCAAAAUUGACUACAAAAUAUGCUCUGCUGAACAAAAUAGGUGCAGCAAACUGGGUCCCCACUACACACUCCAACAGUGUAGCUACAGGUUUGGCCAAGUUCAUCUAUGCCAUAGGUACUAGUACUGCUUUUGAUUAUGGCACUCAUAUUUUUAAUGCAACAAUUCUCCAUGGCUCUUCCACUGCUGUAAAAAUGCCAAUAGCCUUUCCCACUCUGAUCUGUGGUAUUAUCUUGUCUCAACAUCCUGACAUCUGCACUAACUCUGAUGUGCCUGUCCCUAGACCUUCAGCUUUGACCAUUGAUUUUAGAUUGUUGGAAGGUACUCAUGCUGCAGACAUUGCUGUAGCAUCUUUGAAGAAACCAGCUGCAGGUAUGACCAAGAGACAGAUGAUUGCUAAUCUCAGGGAGGUUAGUAAAAUGCUAGGUGAGAAGAAGGAGCUGGUAGAUGGUGUAAUCCAAGCCUUGGAGCUUGAACAGUCACAGGCAAAUGAGGAUGGAGUUGGUCCUUCCCAUGGUGCUUCCCAUGAUGAUGAUCUUGCAGGUGGUGACACUGUAGAAGAGGAGAUGGCCUCUGAUGAAAGCCCCUCCAUAUGA